UUCUCGUGCACGCGGGACUGGUGGCAGCAACGGGUGGCUCCGGUGAGACAGAGGAAGACACCGCCAUCAGAACGUGUACGUCGUCGAGCGUCGGUCCGGUGAGUCGUCGAAGAGCUCCGGGGAAGAUGUCUGUGAUGAGUCCGUACCGAGAAACCAUGAGCUAACGGCUGCUAGCAUCUCGAGCGCUGGAUGUGAAGUUUAAAAGUUUUCAGUGGGACGGUAGUUCGAGGAUAAAGAGCAGAGAGACGGGUGUCUUCUCUUCUCCAUCCCGUGUUUGACUGUCGGACGACCGUGGCUCGGAGCUUCCCUCUCUUUUAUCCGUUUUAUUCAGGCUUUUUUGGGACACAGUAAGACAUUUGUGAGCCAUGUUGUGGACUCGAUGUCUGGUUCUGCUGCUCUGCUGGGGGUCCACCACCGGAGAGCAGCGGGCGGAGGAGAGGCAGGUGCAGGCGGGCUCACAGCGGAGACAGCGCUCUCCUCCGCCCAUGGAGCCCCUGGACUUUGGGUUUGUACCGGCGGCGGUGUAUGAUACCCACGCUUACUACGAGCCAGGAGCCAUAGGGAUACUCUUCCACAUGGUCCACGCAUUUCUCUACGUUAUUCAGCCGAACACCUUCCCCAAAGAUCUGAUUGUUCGAGUCAUUCAACAAAACAUGGGGGGAAUCAAAAUAGAGGAGUGGAGAAAGCCAGAAAACAUCGUCCUGUUGCUACAGUGGCUCUUCUACGAGGCUGGAUUCCUUAUAUGUGCCACCAUUGGCAUUUUGGUCGUGGUCCUCACUCCAAUCAUAGGAUUUUGUUUCUGUGUGUGUCGGUGUUGUGAGAACUGCGGUGGUGAGAUGCAUCAAAGGCAGAGGAAGAAUGCCGACUGUCAGAGAGGUUUCUACACGGCCUCCCUCAUUGCCUCCUCCAUCUUCAUCAUAUUGGGAGUAUUGGUUGCCUAUACUGCAAACCAUAAUAUCAGCACUCAUAUCAAGAGCACUCGCCGGUUCAUCAACACCAACAUGCGAGACCUGAAGACACUUGCCAACAACACACCUGCACAAAUUAACUACCUGACAGCCCAGUACACCACAGCAAAGAACAAAAUCCUGUCCGACCUCGACAACAUUGGACCGGUGCUGGGGGGGAGGAUCCACAGUCAGCUGGAGAAAGAGGUGGUGCCGUCCCUGGACACUGCUCUGCGUAUGGCAGGAGCUAAAGUUGAGAAUGCCAUCAAAGCUAUGCGGGAGACCAAGGAGGCCCUGGAGAGUGUCAGCUCCUCCUUGGAGGUGCUUCAAGAAGGUACAGGGAAACUUCAGUCCAGUCUGUCAGGGGAGCAAGCCUCCUUGUCCAACACCCUGUCCGAUCCAGCCUGUACCAACGGAGCUGUCUCUCCCACCUGCAACACCAUCCGAUCCACGCUGCCUCAAUUAGGAGUCAAUGCAGACUUCUUGAAGCUUCCCAAUGUCAAUCACGCCAUGGCCAAUGUCAAUACACUCCUGGGAACUGAUCUCAGCAACAUUGUGCAGAAGGGUUACUCGUCUUUUAAUGACACACCAAGACUGGUUAAAGAGCAAACUAAAAAUAUCGUCACAGCUCUUCCUCGAGUGAAAGGCAUGCUGGAUAAGAUCGGCACAGAGAUAAACAACUUCGCCAAGAUGUUCCCGGUGGAAUCAUCUCUGGCCAAUUUCACCAUUUUCCUCAAUGAAGGACAGAUGAAGAUUGAGGCCUUUUACCCACAGAUUGACCAGAUGGAUUUCUACAGGUGGAUCGGCUGUGUGGCGGCUCUUUGCAUGGUCGUCCUGGUCCUGGCUUUCAACAUUCUGGGGCUACUGUGCGGCACCUGUGGCUACGACAAGCAAGCUUCACCCACAACCCGAGGAUGUCUGUCAAACACUGGCGGCAACCUGCUUAUGGCUGGGGUGGGCUUCUCCUUUGUCUUUUCCUGGGUGUUGAUGGGCAUCGUGACCACCUUGUUUGUUGCCAGUGGCAACGUGGAGAAGCUAAUAUGUGAACCGCUGGCUAACAGACAGAUAUUCCAGAUCAUAGACACACCGUUCAUGGUUCAUCCUGCCAAGAAGAACUUCCUUCCUGGGAUGCUGUUUCAGAACCCAAACAUUGACCUGACUUUGGGAAGCAUGUACAGGGAGUGCUUCGAGAACAAAGGUCUGUAUCACGCUCUGCAGCUGGAGACCAUGUUCAACAUCAACUCCUUCCUCAACAGAACUGUCUACAACAAGGAUCUGGCCAAAGUGUUUGAGAGUGUGCAGGUCGACUUGCAUGACAUCACACUCCUGGAGCAGGCAGGCAGAGACAACCUCAUCAACUUUGCCAACUCAGGAAUUGGACAGAUUGACUAUGAGACAUACUUGGCUGAGGUGAAUAAGGGCGUCACUCUCGUGGAUCUCCUGUCCUUCGCCACAGAUCUGGAGGCUCAGGCUGACCAGCUGCCACGCGGUGCCCUGGAGAAUGCACUGAGAGGACAUGCCAGCAGUAUCAGGCAGAUUCAUAGAGAUCAGGUGGUGCCCAUGGAGCAAGCAAUGAAAUAUGUCAAAGCGCGGAGCACUCUGAGUCAGAGUAUCAAGCAGCUGCAGCGGAUGUCCAGCGACCUGCCAGUCAAGGUCACUAAUAUCCUGAGUGCCAUUGAUGCAGCAGAGUACCUCAUCAUUCAUAACGCCUCCCAUGUGGUGAAGCAGGAAACAAAGGGCUACAUGCAGAGUUUAGUGGGCUACUUCAAACAGUACACCCAAUGGGUUAAAAUCUCUUUGACCACUGAGGUGGCUCAGUGUAAACCCAUCAGUAACAUAGUGGACAGCAUGGAGAUCGUAGGGUGCAGCUUCGUAGUCGAUUCAGUGAACACAUUCUGGUUUGGUCUGGGAGCCAGCUGUAUCUUCAUGAUCCCCAGCAUCAUCUUCUCCAUCAAACUGGCCAAGUAUUACAGAAGGAUGGACACAGAGGACGUCUUUGAAGACUCUCCCUAUCCCGACACUCUGACGCGGUUUCCUCGGGCCUCUGCUCCCCCGAGCUACUGCGACUGUUGACCCACAGGAACAUUCUUGCCUUUGAAGAGUGGACAAGAGAACUGGAACUGAGAUUUCCCAUGUGACCUUUUACAACUUCCAAAGACAAACGGGAAGAAUGACAACAAUCCAGAGCUGUGUGUGGAGGAGGUCCCACCACAGUAACUACUUCAAACCAAAGGACCUCCAAUGCCAGCGAACUGUAACUUAUAUCAUCCACACCAGCAUCAACAGUUCCUCUAGUGUUUCAUCGAGUACUUUAACCAACGUCAGAACAUUUUCCUGCAGUUAGAUUUACAUAUAGACAAUGAAUUUGUACUAACAUUAUCGGUUUUUACUUGGUGACACAUGUCAUUUUUUUAUGCUUUCAAAACUUUUGAAAGUUUUCUAUAUUUUGUUCAUGUUUGUUUUAUAACAUGUAAGUAGUUUUUGUAGUAGUAGCAAUUUUGUGAAUAUAUUUGUGUUAGCCUGCAUCAUUUUGGCUCCACGUGUUUGCACUGACCAGGUGGAUCUUCAGGAAAUAGUGUUAUAUUUUGAUAAAUGCCGUCCAUGUCCGUGUCAAACUACCAGGAGUUUGAUGAGCAGAAACCAAUCUCUUGUGCGUAUGUUAAAUAACAGCAGCCAGUUAGCUUAGCAUGAUGACAAGACAAGACAGUUUUAUCUGUCACCAUUUAACUUUUACCACAUCUCCAUUGCUAUAAUACACAGGACUCACAGUGAAAUAAGGAACAAAAUGUGUUCCUUAUCUGUUCAAUGUGUCUUUUAUCUUUCAAAUACGGAACAAAUCCUUAUUUACUGGGGGGGUUUUAGCAUGUGAGCAUGCUAACAUUUGCUAAUUCACAAAAAAACCGAGUCAGAUUGUUUUAAACCAAAGUUUUUAAAUCAUCCUCAUUAAAUAUUAAAUGUCAGCCUUAUGUUCGGAGGAGGAUUACCACAGUCAAUGGCAGCGUUAACAUAAUCCAUUUUAAUUUGUUUUGGUCUGGACCAAAGCUUGUUUUUAGGCUAACAUUGCUAACUACUCCUAUGCCUUUAACAUGGCUAAAGCAUCCAUUUGAGUUUGAUUUUAUACAUAUUAAAGUAAUUAGUUAUAAAGUGGUGACUACUUACUGGACAUUUGGCUGAUUUUGUUGCCACAGUAAGAAUUUAUCCUCUAUCUCCAAUGUUUGUGCUAAACUUAGCAUUUAAGCUGUAGCUUAAUAUUAUACAAACGUCAUCUACUUUGCUAAUUCUUAACAAAGAAGUGGAAAAUUGUAUUCACACAUUUUUAAAAUAUUCCUCUCAACACAGACCAACAAAACUUUAAUCCUUUAAAAAUGUAGAUUCUGUAUUAGUCCAGAGUUUCCUAGUUCAUGCUACCACAAGAGGCAAAGUGCUACAAGCUAUUCAACACACAUACGACCUAACGCGGUUUAAAGACAAACAACAUGUUGUGUCGUAGGAACUUCUUGACAGACAAUUUGUGACGGCUUAGUUGCUUUGUUUUGUCAGAUUUAUUUUUUGUUUGUUUUCUGGAGUUUUACAAAUA